AUGAAACUACAGUCCUUUGUUGUCACAAUAGCACUUCUUCUUCAACUUUCCAUGGUAGGUGGACAGACAUUGUGUAACAGAUCCUUGGUGUCUGAAUGGAAAACCCAGCCAACAGUACAUACAGUGAAAUGGUCACUGAGCCAAGACAUCUGCUCCAGCUUCUUCACAGAAUGUUGGAAUAUUGAUCCGUACCACGGAAGCAGCACUGCAGGCAACGUGCCUCUGAGAUUAUCCCAGAUUUGUCCUCUGCAACUUCAGCUGGGGGAUCUGCUCUUUGUUUCACCGGAGCCAUCUUUUCAGUCUUAUGGCAUGAACCUGGCAAAUGUUUCCUUGGAAGGAUUUAUCCGAUGCCCUCAACCAAGAGAUGUCCAUCGGCAUCAGCUUCUAUUUGACCAUGGGUUAAGUGGGAUGCGUCAAAUUGCUCCCAAGUGGCUUGGCGUUGGAACACAUUACUUUGCAGAGGUCCCAAUACGAGGACCGCUUUUAUGCCAUUUUGGACUUCGAUUGAAUGUGACAGUGAAGUCACAGGCUUGUCAGAAGUUUUCAAACUCAACGUUUUGCUCAGGUCAUGGCAAAUGUUUAAGUCGUAUCUGGGAUGGAGCCUACCAUUGCCACUGCAGUCAUCCCUAUUCUGGACAGUUCUGCCAAGAAAUUGAUAAGUGUUCCAGUAAACCUUGCCACAACAGUGGCAGCUGCAUUAGCAGAAAGAGCCAAAGAGAAGAUGUUGAAGAUUCUUAUGAAUGCAUCUGCCCUGCCUCAUUUACAGAAUAUGAAAUAUUUUCUGGUGCUCAGAGGUUAGCAGAAGAAUUGGCAGUAGAGAGUAUAAAAAUCAUUGAAGUGGAAGCUGCAAUUGGGGCCCUUUACCUCUUCAACCCCGUUGCAAGGAACUGGACAAAAGCCAAAGAAUUUUGUGAGACUGAAAAAUCCACCUUGGUUUGUAUUGAAAGUACUUUGGAAGAAAUGUUUGUAACGAGAGAAAUUGCAAAGCAUCCUAAGGACUUUUGGAUGGGACAUAAUUACUACAACGACAAAUGGGAAUGCAAUGGCAUAGAAACAAAAAUUGCCUACUGGUCGGUGGCAACUGUAACCAAUUACUUUAAAGACAGAUGUACCAUUCUGUUAUCCCGCUGUUUGACCACACCAAACUGCUGGACUAAUGUUGAUUGCUCGCUAGAUUACUUCACCAUUUGUGAGAGGAAGCCAGAUAACAAAUGGCACGUAGAAAACGCAGCCCCUGUCAGCAAGCUGUAA